AUGGGCACCGAUCAGACCGAUGGGAGCUUUUGGAAGCGCAUCGUGUUUGCGUACAACGAGUUCAAACCUCGCGGCGCCAAACCACGUGACGCGGAACAGCUCCCUAAGAAGUGGUCUAGGAUUCUGUCGGCCACCCGGCGUUUCGCGGGCAUAUACCAGAACAAUGUGCUCCAUGCGGAGAGUGGCCGAAGCGAGGCUGACGUGAAAGCACUUUCGAUCAGCCAAUACAACAAGCAGGGCAAUCCAAAGUUCACAAUGUGGGAUGAGUAUCUAGUUCUCGAGGACUGCCCGAAAUUCAAGGCCAUUUGUGCGCAAGAGCAGGCUCCGGCGCCGAAGCGGACAAGACACAACAUUGUCAGGGACUACAGCAGCGGCAGCGGCUCGCAAUCGUUCGACCUGAACGAAGAGCAAGCCGAAGAGCCCUCCGCUACACACUCUAGGCGCGCCCGCCCUCCGGGACAACAUGCCUCUAUCCGACGCGCUAGAGAAGCUGGCGGUUCCUCCCGCCGAUCGUCGCCAGCGUCUGGAUCGCGCGCCCCUCAGCCCGCGCCUACACCGCCGUCAAGGGCCCCUUUUGCCAGAGAGGUCUUGAGGGAUAACGUAUAUGUGCAGCUGACGCACGAAUUGCAUGAAGUCUGCAGCAAAUAA